AUAUAUAUAUAUAUACACACACACAAGCACACACACAAAUAUCGCUAUCUUUAUCUUUUCAUCUAUCUCUCCUUGCACACGCACGUACGUCCGUCCUUUUUCCUCUUUCUAACUCUCUUUCUAUCUGGGAACCGCUUACGUCCUUCGCCCUUUUCGUCCGACGUUCGUCUUACAAAUAGCACGCAUCUAGGCGGCUCUUCUACUCCCGGACGCGUUCGCCGGCACCGUAUUUCGCGACAGAAAAGUAUAUUACUCGACGCAUGCCACCCCGUAUGCGUACAUGUGCAUCGUGGAGCCGGCUUCGGGCACACUUGUCUCGAAGAUAUCAACGAAAGGAAGGAUAUUUGUUUUACUGUCACGACAAGUACGUCUAUUUCUUCGAAGGAUAACUCGUCGAACUGUUUUCCUCUACGAGAAGAAGUUCCUUCAAAUUCAACGAUAAGAAUCGUCGCACUGUCACGGGUACGCCCUUCUUCAUUCGAAGGAAUCGCGUCAUUAUUCUCGUGUGCGUGUGUACUUGUGUAUUUGUGUGUGAGAAAGAGACGAGCGCGCGUCAGUCACGUCACGCGAGUCUGCUGGUGCCGUCGUAUAAGAAUCAGUAACGCACGCGACGAUCCAGCAUUUUUAAAUUGAUUCUCAGUGCCGGUCUUUCUCAACCACCUGCUUUCCUCUCUAUCUCUCUCUCUCUCUCUCUCUCUCUCUCUCUUCUCUCUCUCUCUCUCUCUCUCUCUCUCUCUCUUUCUCUCACUUUGUGAAUCUUCUGCUUUCUUCCAUACAGAUUUUCCAAAGAAUGUUCAUUUGAUUCAUAAAAUGAGUUCAUUCAGUAAGACGGACAUCAAAAGAUGACAUCACUAUACUUAAAAGAAUGUCUGUGCCUGUAUCUCAACAGUCAAUCCUUAAAUCGUGCUCGUUAUUUUAAUAAUACAUCAAUUUUCCUUUUUGACACUUCAACCUAAAAAAACAGAAAUAUCAAACAAGCUUGAUGAACUCACAUGAUAGAGAAUUUGUUCUUGUUGGCAGGGUCACAAUGAAUUGUCUUUUACCAACUCGUUGUAUGUCUAAUAAGAGAGAAAAGAGAAGAAAAAGAGAGAAAGAGAGAAUAAGAGAAUGAACAAGGUUAAUGUCCGCAGAAAUAAGAGAUGAUGCGACGCACUCGAGGAUUCUUCCGAAUUGCUUCGUUCGUUCGCUCGUUCCCGAAGGAACAAAGAGAAGAAUCAUCGAGGGAAAACAUCAUCGUCAUCAGAUGCGGUGUCAAAGGAGGAGUGUUCUAAACAAAGGAUUACGAGAAGAAACGCAAAAGGAAGUAGUAUGAUCACGGCGAUAUGAGAAGAAGCGACGAAUUACUUCGAAGUCGAAAAUUUCGAAUGAUUCUAAGACGUUCAGGGUAUUAAAAAGAUUUUUAAAUAGAAGAACGAAUAAAGAAGAGCUACGAAAUCAAAUGCGUUUUUAAAGAAAAUAUACAAAUUAUCAUCCUUAUUCCUUUAUUUCGCGUGUUAUUGAGACACGACGAAAUAUCGCGAUACCAAAGGACGUACGACGAUUGGUGCAUGACACGAGUAACUCCUGAGGACAAAUUUCCUUUGUAUUUUACAGCGAAUCGUAAAGGUGUAGGCUAAUUAUGGAUGACAUAAAGGUGCCUAAUUUAGGACAGGCUGCAUCGGCUGCAUGCUCAAUGGCUACGAAUUUCUUAGCGCCAGUAAAAACCGAACAGCAAAUUUACGAAAAUUCAAUGCUCGAAGAUGAUCCCAAUGCCAACUCGGUGGUACCCACUUCAAAUGAAGAUAGGAUAUUACCGAGAUGGGGCCCUAGUCACAGAGGUGCACAAGAAUUAGCGAAUCUUUACAGUAGUGGAAAAAGAACGCAGGAGUGUAUAUGCGUUGGUAUUUGUAUUACGCUGGUAGCAGUAAAUUCGUUGUUCAUCCUGAUCAGAUUAAAACUUGAAAAUUUAAGUUCGAUAAUAGUAGCAGCAUUAUGCGGGAUCAUUACGGCGGAUUUCGGAUCUGGAGUAGUUCAUUGGGCUGCUGAUACAUGGGGUUCUGUCGAACUUCCCAUUCUGGGAAAGAAUUUUUUAAGGCCUUUUCGUGAACAUCACAUCGAUCCAACCAGUAUAAUGAGACACGAUUUUAUUGAAACGAACGGUGACAAUUGUAUGGCCACCAUACCAUUCCUUUCCAAAUUAACAUGGGACUUUCUUACUUUAUCAGAGCCGGAAAUCGAACAGAAAUUUCUUUGGACAUGUUAUUGGUUUUUACUUGCAAUUUUUGUAGCAAUGACUAAUCAGAUUCAUAAGUGGUCGCAUACAUAUUUUGGACUUCCUCCUUGGGUAGUUUGGCUACAGGAGCAUAGAAUAAUUUUACCGAGAAAACACCAUCGUGUACAUCAUGUUGCGCCGCACGAAACAUAUUUUUGCAUUACUACUGGCUGGUUAAAUUGGCCAUUAGAGAAACUCCGAUUUUGGUAUAUUUUAGAAAUUAUUAUUGAAAAAUUAACUGGUUGUAAGCCUAGAGCUGAUGACCUAAAAUGGGCACAGAAGAGAUCUUGAGAUUUAAUGUGGUUUUUCUUAGCUCUGCAUUUUAGUGGAUAUUCAAAAAAUGUAAUAUAGCAUCAUAUAUUUGAGGGACUGAAAUAACAUCGAACUGGCUAGUAACAGAAAUGGAAAUUUAUGCACGGACAAUAGUAAAGCUUGAGUGAUACACAUAAAAAUGAUAUUAAAUCUAUAUAAUUUUUUUAUACUAGUACUAUGAGGCCUUUGAAACAAAAUAAGAAGUGUAGAGGGACUAGGAAUAAAUAGAAUUAUUUAAAUAUGCUUUUAAACUUUACACAUUUAUAAUACGUACAUGCAAUAAUAUAUGUACAUAUAUAAGACGAAUGUAAUAUUGUAACGUUAUAUAUGUCAUAUAAAAAUUUGAUAAUUGGCCUGUUGUAUUGUAUUACGAAAUUUCUUGCAUAGCACAAUGAUUUCACAAAGAGCACAAAGCUCAUUGGAUUUUAGUAUAAAAAAUUUACAAUUAAUUAUAUUAUAAAAUAUUUUUAAGCAAACACAGGAAAAGUAAAGUCGAAAUUAAAAAUAAAAAAACUAAUCUGUCUUAUAUUCUUAAUGUGUUUUGUAAGCACAUAUGUCCAGUAAAGAAAGUAGAAAGAAAUAUAUAUACAUACUAUAUAUAUAUAUUAUAUAUAUAAGAAGCUUAAAGUAUACGUACGUGUAUAUAUAAUUUUUACACACACAUAUGCACAUUUACAUAAAUUAUAUAUACAUAUAUUUAAAGAACUGACUUGAUUUCAUAUAUACAAUCAUUCGCACAAUUUAUUUAAGAACAAAUUUUAAGAUAAUAAUAAUUAUUGUAAAUACUGAUUGUUUUAAUAAGUUUUAUAUCAAACAAGCUUAAUUUCUUUUUUAAUAGCUUAUAAUGCAAAUUUCCCUGAACCUUUAAAGAUCUUUGACCCAUCGAGGUGUAUUAAAGUAUAUUAUUUUUUUCUAAAGGUAUACAUUGUUAAAAGCAGACAUUGCCAACUCAGCAAAUACUAGGCAACUUUGUUUAAAUGUAUAUAUUGUAUAGUUUACUAUUCUUAUAUACAUAAAAUACAUCAAAUUAAUUUGGAUGUAUUAGAUUUUGCAUUAGAUUUUGAGCUAAUAAUCAUAAUACUGUAUUUAUAAUAAUACAAGCAAUUUGUUUUUAUCUAUAACUGUUGUGUUAACUAUGUAAUAAAAUUGGCAAUGUCAUUUAAAUGGCAAUGAUAUAAAAAAGCAAGAUAUAAUUAAUAUUUGUAAAUGUAUACUUAAUUUGUGAAAAACUUGAAACAUUUAAAUGUAUGGUUACAAAUUUAAAAAAAAAUAGUAAUAGUAUAGAUUAUUCUUUUUUAAUAUCACUCACACUGAUUACACUUUUUAGCUCAUAACGAAGGGUCAAAAUACUGUAAAACCUUAAGGUGCUAAAAGUAUAAGUACAAAUUUAGGUUCAGGGACCAAAGGACCUAUUGCUAUAUGCAAUUAUCUUAUGAAUGAUUGGUUUGCUUUGAAUAAAGUAUACUGAUAUAGAAAUAGAUUUUUCAAUGCAAGUAAAUAUUUUUAAUAUUUUCUUAUGUGUAAUUUAUAUUAUUAAUAAAUUGAACAAUAAAUCAAUAUAUUUCAGAUCAAAGCAAUGAUCUCUCAAUGUUUCAGUAUACUUUAUACAGAAUCAUGCCAUGAUAUAUGUUCCUUACCAGCAAGUCAGUUGUAAAUGCCUCUUAAAAAAGACGGUAUUCAUUAUUGUUAUUGUUAUUGUUAUUGUUAUAAGAAGAAUAUAAACUUUAAAUGAAUCUGUCAGAUGAGAGCUUUUCAGCAGGCAAUGCCUGGAGCUUUUCUCAAUGCGUUUAAUAUUUAUGUGCAUCUAAUUAAGUAAAGCAGAGCUUUAUUUAUCAUAAGAGAACAAAAGACAUAUUUUUCAUCUUUUAAUGCCAUUUCGUAAUAAUGCCUAAGAAUAUAUUUAAUUUAUCAUAAAUUAUGAAAGAAUUCAAAUCAAACAGAUGGAAAAUAAUGUGAACAAUUAUAUUUGCAAUGCUGUGUUAUAAUACAAUAAUUUUCAGAUUCAAACUGAAAAAUAAUA